AUGGCUUCCUUAAGGCUUGAACGACUUACUCUGUUUCUGAUAGUGUUUAUAAUUGUGGCAAUAAAAACUGCAGAUGGAUCCAAGAGACCAAAGCGCGAGUGGAUUAUUCCACCAGUCAGAAUAUCAGAAAACGUUGAUUUAGGAACCUCUCCCAUUUCAAAAAUUAGAUCUGAUAAAGAAGAUGAAGUCAAGCCAUUUUCAUAUGACCUUAAAGGGCACGGUGCUGACAAGGAGCCGUACAACGUUUUUAUUGUCAACCCCAAAACUGGCUUUAUCACUCUCGCACAUCCUCUGGACAGAGAGGAAAUAUCAGAGUACAACCUGACCGGGAUUGCGAGGUACAAUGAUGGAACUAUGGCCGAGACACAAAUCGAGAUAAAAAUAGUGGUUGAGGAUCAAAAUGACAAUCCCCCAACGUUCAAAAGAUUCAGAGGGUCUGUGCCAGAAUGUAGACCAGCAGGAACCCCUGUGAUGAAGAUAACUGCUGAUGAUGCAGACCAAAGUGGAACACUCAAUGCAAAAAUUGCAUAUAGCAUAGUAAAGCAAUUUCCAGAAGGUUCCAAACCCAUGUUUGGCAUUGACAAAGACAGUGGAAUGAUAUAUGUUAAACAGCGCUCACUGGAUAGAGAGACUCUCGAUCACUACACCUUAAUAGUACAAGGUGUGGAUAUGGCUGGUGCCCCAGACGGCAAAACAGGAACUGGUACAGUAGAGAUUGCGGUGACGGACAUCAAUGACAAUGUUCCUACUCUUGAAAAAGACGAGUUCACCGGUUCUGUUGAUGAAGAUACAGUUGAUGUGGUUGUAAUGAAAAUCAAAGCUUCGGAUAAAGACUUGAAGAACUCUGAUAAUUGGCUGGCUGUCUUUGAUAUUAUCAGUGGUAAUGAAAACGAAAUGUUUACUAUAGAGACGGACCCUAAAACCAACGAAGGCAUUUUAAAGCUUGUCAAGCCUGUGGAUUUUGAAAAGGUGAAAAAUCUGGACCUUGGUUUAUCCAUUUCAAACGUAGCUCCUUUUAUAAAUGGAACUGCUUUAGCACUGGGCAUUAAUCUAAACAAGCCUGGAGCUUCAGGAUUCCCGGAUGGGACAGCAGCUGGAACUGGGAUGGGAACAGGUAUGAAUUCUGCGGUGGAUGCAAGUGCAUAUGCAGGUGCAGGUGCAGGUGCUGGUGCUGGUGCAGGCGCUGGUGCAGGCGCUGGUGCAGGUGCAGGCGCUGGUGCCGGUGCCGGAGGUAACCCUGGUGUCAGUUCUCAAUCAGGAACUAAACCAGGGACUAAACCUGGUAACAAAAAGCCACCUCCAGGUGGAAAGAGCUAUCCGGUAAAAAUAGCUGUGAACAACUUACCUGAAGGUCCAGUGUUUUCACCACCAGUGAAGGACUUUCCUGUGUCAGAGAACCCAAAGGAAGUUAAAGUUCCUGUGGUCAUUGGGUCCUUUCCUGCUUUGGAUGGUGAUACUGGAGAGCUUGCUGAAAAUGUAAGGUAUGCCAAAGGAUUUGAUCCAGACAACUGGCUGUCCAUUGAUGAGGAAACUUCAGAAAUUAAACUGACAAAGAUUCCAGAUCGAGAGUCUCCAUAUCUGGUCAAUGGAACUUACACAGCAAAAAUACUCUGUUUAAACAAGGAUGUGCCACCCAAGACAGCUACUGGAACGAUAGCCAUAAAGGUGCAAGAUGCAAAUGACCACUGUCCGGAACUGACCAGCACCUAUCAAAAUGUGUGUUCAGAUGUUACAGUGAUAAACGUGACUGCACAUGAUGUGGAUAUGCAUCCGUUUGGAGACCCUUAUACAUUUAAGUUUAUAGAGGAGAAGCGUAAAGGAAAGUGGGAAAUGGUUCCUGUUAAUGGAACAUCUGUAAGCUUCCAUGCCAUGGAGCCUCUGUGGCCAGGGGUGUAUGAGCUAACAAUGGAGAUUUUUGAUGCGGACGGUUUGGGCUGUACGGACAGUCAGAAACUUAAAGUGGAGGUGUGCACCUGUCAGGAUGGUAGCACUUGUGCUGUCAGAGCAGCCAAACUACCUAAAUCUUCAGCUAGAUUUGGGGUUUCAGCAAUUGGGGCAAUGAUAGGAGGCCUGCUUCUGUUGACAUUUAUCCCACUCUUGCUGAUGGCCUGUUCGUGUGGAGCUGGAGGCAUGGGGGGUUUUGCCGAGAUGAACGUUGAUACUAAAGAGCACCUGAUGGCAUAUAAUACAGAAGGGCAGGGAGAAGACCGGGAUGUGCCCAUGCUCUCUGAUAUGGAUGGGAUGAUGAACUAUAGUACAAAAGGAGGUGGCUUUGGGGCAGGAGCUGGCUAUGAAGCAGGAGCUGGCUAUGGGGCAGCUACUUAUGGAGGUACCAUGGCUGGAAUGGGCGCUAGUUACAUGGCAUCCAUGAACGGCAUAAACGGGGGUGGUCAAACCUGGGGCGGUGGUCAAACCUGGGGCGGUGGUCAAAUGGAAAUGAUUUCUAUGGAUCAGGGGAUGGCUGGUGGCCUUGGAAUGAUGAGAGGGGAGUAUGACAGCGGAAUAGCCCUUUCAGAUGACUUCUUGUAUCACUACUACUCAGAGAAGAGCCAGAUGGUGGAUGGCACCGCCGAUAACUAUAAUUUGCAAUAUGAAUAUGAAGGCCAAGGCUCGCCUGCUGGAUCUGUGGGCUGCUGCAGUAUGCUGGAAUCCGAAAACGAUCUGGAGUUUCUCAAAGACCUGGGGCCAAAGUUUACCACCCUGGCUGAGAUCUGCGGUGGCACAAGGAUCACCACGGCUGCCUCGACACCUCUUCCUCCUCCUCCAAAACCUGAUGAACUCCUCAUGAACUCUGAAUCGAUGUCCAUCCAAGCCAGCACCAGCAACGUUGUCAACCAUGCUGCCCAAGCUGUAUCGUCCUCCACCUCUCUGCACACAGAGGAGAACAUGCUAGUUACAAACAACCAUGCUCAGACUCGUGUCGACGUCAUGCCUGCCCAGACACUGAUGGUGCAGCAACAGCAGCCUAUGUAUUACAUGUUGGAGCCACAGGUCUCUAACACUGUGCUUCUGGCCGAGAGGCCCGCGGUGGGACUCACCCAGGGGGGGAUGUACGUGCUGAACGGAGCUCCGAUGGCUGAAACCGUUCUGGUUCAGGGUACCGUUCCUGCUCAUAGUACGAUCGCUGGAGGAGAUAGAGUGAUGUUGGUGGAAACACAUGGAGGACCCGGCCAGGCUAUAAACACAGGCAUGCUUCAGUCGACUCAGUUGUCCGGAUCGCAGCUGUUGCUGGUGGAUAGAGGCGCCCAGGGCGGCCAGGUCUUCCAUGGAACGCUGCCAAAAGGGGGCAUCGCCGGAUCUCAAGGCAUGUUUCUGAUUGAUGGGCAAGGUGGCGGAUCGCUGAAAAGCAGCAUUACUGCCCCCGCAGGGUCUGUGCAUGUUGUAGAGAGGCAGCAGAGAGGCCCGUCAGUAAUCACCCAUGGGUCCUUGCCGCCGGGCAUGGUCCCCAGUGCGGGGUUUCAGAAUGGCACUUUUGGAAUUAGCAUGAGCUCUGUAAAUGAAUAUUCCAGCGCACAAAAAGUUGUAAUGCAGGAAAAGGAAGUUGUGUCAUCUCAGAAGAGAGCUCUGUAA